CAAAAUGUUACCUGGAAUUGGAGUUUUUGGAACUGGAAGUGUAGUAAGAGUAUUUAUCCCUUUCUUAAGGGAUAAAGGUUUCAAAAUUGAAGCAAUUUGGGGUCGAACAAUAGCAGAAGUCUCAGAAAUUGCAGCAGAUCUUAAAAUACCUUUUCAUACAAGUCGCAUAGAUGAUGUAUUAUUAAGAAGGGAUGUAGACCUCAUAUUUAUCAUGUGCUGUCCUAGUUUACAUGCACAGAUUGCUGUCAAAGCUCUAGGAAUAGGAAAACAUGUUGUGUGCGAUAAACCUGCUGGUUUGAGCCAGAGUGAAGCUUUGAAAAUGGUUAAAGCAGCUCAGUAUUAUCCUUCAUUGAUUAGUAUUGUGAACCAUAGUCUGCGCUUUUUACCAGCUUUUAUUAGUAUGAAAAGAGAAAUAGAAGAUAAUUAUCUUGGUGGACCAAUUUCUAUUAUUGAUGUAAGAGUACAAAUGGGAAGUCUGCUGCAAGAGAAAUAUGAUUGGCUGUGUGAUGACACCAUGGGUGGAGGAAUUUUAGCUCUUGUAGGUAGCCAUGUAAUAGAUUUGAUAUCUUAUUUAACAAGUCAGAGAGCUGUAAGAGUUCAUGCAGUUGUAAGGACAUUCAUUGAAACAACAAAACACAUUAGUGGCAUCAGACAUAUAACAUCACCAGAUUUUUGUUGUUUCCAAAUGGAACUUAGUGGAGGAACACUUGUGACGGCAACGCUUAGCAACCAUCUACAAGGUCAACUAUCUCAAGAAGUUUUAAUAUGCGGACCUAAUGGUCACUUGGUUGUCAGAAGCGGUGAUUUACAUGGCUGCAGAGAACAGCAAGAAGAGGCUUUGCACUUAGAUGCUGAAGCUGUACAAGCAUCAUUGCUAGUCCCAGACUUUCUUCCAAAGCCUUAUAUCAGAGGUCUCCAAAAAAUGAUUGGUGCAUUGAGAGAAGCAUUCCAACCUGUAGAAGACAAACGGGGCUGGAUCAAAGAACCUGUUUCAAAGGCUGCAACUUUUGAGGAUGGCUUAUAUGUUCAAGCUGUUAUUGAUGCUCUGAAAAAGAGUAACAAACGCAGAGAGUGGUCUAAAGUUACUAUUAUGACAGAAGAACCAGAUCCGAAUCCUCUGCUUAGUGCAGCUGUCAGAGCAACUGCUAUAUCAAUUUAAAUAAACAUCAUUGCAUUUUUAUCAUCGUCCGUAAAUUAUCUCGCCAAUGUUGAUAUUUUCAUAAAAUUUAUCAUUUGGAUUAUUAGUGGUAAUAAGAUUAAGUAAAAGUGUUUCCUAAAGAAGCCUUAAAAAUGUAUUCAAUACAUAACAAACUAAUUUAAUAAGUAUUUUGUACAUGAACUAAAUCAUUGUUAAAAUCUUUCCAUCAUACAUAGACAUUAAGAUUAAUUUAUAGAAUGUAACUGUUCACUUACAUGUGCACUUUUCGUAUCACUUUGAUCAAAUUGCUAUAACUCAGCAAGUUUAAAAUAGAAAGCAUGCAUGUAUAUUUAUUUGAGAGUAUAGUCUGUUUGAAACAGAUAAUGUUAAGACUUCAAAUGAUUUCUAUGUAACUGACAAAUAAAUCUAUUAGUGCAAAAUAAUGCUUUUUUAAAGUUUUUCAAUUAUAUUUAUUUAAUUACUACUUUGUUGCUUGAAUGGUUAUUUACAAUUUAAACUCAUGCUUAAA